GUCAGCUCGGCAGGUGCUGUGUUCCUUCCUUCUUCGCGCGAAUCGAGAGGUGCGCGUGCGCACUGGCUCUGCAGGUGCGCCCGGUCUUACCCUCCUCCGGGUGCCGUGACCGGGGCUGGGCGCGCAUGCGCGGGACGCCCUCUCUGCCUUUCCGCUGGGGCUGCAGGUGCCAGGAGGAGGCAGCUGGGCAGUGGCCCCUCCCCCCUUCGUCGGCUGGGCUUCUGAGCGGCGGCGGCGGCGGCUCAGACUGAGGCGGCGGGUGGCGGCUGAGAGGCGGCCGCGCUCGGAGCUGCCGCCGUCUGCUCUUCUCCUGUCGCCUCACCGAGCGAGCGGAGGGCUCGCCCACGGCAUGAACCGGGUCCAUCGAGGCGGCGGCGGGGGAAGCCGUGGCCUCGGCACUAUGGAAGUGAAGAGUAAGUUUGGUGCAGAAUUCCGUCGCUUUUCUCUGGAAAGGUCCAAGCCUGGUAAAUUUGAGGAGUUUUAUGGAUUACUGCAGCAUGUUCACAAGAUACCCAACAUUGAUGUGUUAGUUGGCUAUACAGACAUUCAUGGAGAUCUCUUACCUAUCAACAAUGAUGACAACUACCACAAAGCAGUUUCUACAGCUAAUCCUUUGCUAAGGAUUUUCAUUCAACGGAAAGAAGACGCAGACUACAGUGCCUUUGGUACAGACACCAUGGCAAAGAAGAAAAAUGUCCUGUCGAAUGUUUUGCGUCCAGACAACCACAGGAAAAAACCACACAUUGUAAUCAGCAUGCCACAAGAUUUCAGGCCAGUGUCUUCUAUUAUUGACGUGGACAUUCUUCCAGAAACCCAUCGCAGAGUGCGGCUUUAUAAGUAUGGAACUGAAAAGCCUCUGGGAUUUUAUAUACGAGAUGGUUCCAGUGUUAGAGUGACUCCUCACGGGCUAGAGAAAGUACCCGGAAUUUUCAUAUCUAGGCUCGUCCCCGGCGGCCUGGCUCAAAGUACAGGCUUGUUGGCCGUCAACGACGAGGUUCUGGAGGUGAAUGGUAUAGAAGUUUCAGGAAAGAGCCUUGAUCAGGUUACAGAUAUGAUGAUUGCAAACAGUCGUAAUCUGAUCAUUACUGUGAGACCAGCAAACCAGAGAAACAACGUUGUUAGGAACAGUCGGACUUCUGGCAGCUCAGGACAGUCGACAGAUACCAGCCUUCCGAGUUACACUCCAAGCACAGUGCCGAUCUACCAGCCAGAAGAGGAAGACAGUGAUGAAGGGGAUAUCAUUAUUGAAGAUAACGGCGAGCCACAGCAAAUUCCAAAAGCUGCUCCUUCCAACGAGAGUCUGGAUUCACUGUCGCAGACCGAAUCACAGCAUGAAUCAAUGCAAAAUGGCUUUAUUCCGUCUGGAGAAGCAAACUUAUAUUGUUCAAUGGGCAGCAUUAACAUGGAGUAUGAAAUACAGGACUCGGACCAAAAGUCCUUAGAAGAAGAUGGGACUAUCAUAACAUUGUGAAAUUAUAUUGAUGUAAUUCUGAUUGAAAUGAAGAGGCCAUAACCAUUUUUUACUGGGCUGUAUGACUGUAGUACAUGCCUCUCAGUUAUCGUACUCCAGUGGCUGUAUUCCCUUCCUAAGGGAACUGAGAUACUUAUUUGUGAUUUUCUGUAUCACUUUUCCUUUUGGCAUCUUUAUGUGUUAAUAGUUUUGGGACGUGGGCUGAUUAUUGUGAGUCCAAGGUAGGAUUGUAUUCCAUGACCAGGCUAUGCAGGUGUGUUCUGUUGUCCAGCUUUCAAUGAACUUACCAACUUCAGAGCAAAUUGUGACGUUUGAGAAGGAGCUCCACAGUUCAUGGGUUCUCCUGCGGUCUGUUUGCAUGCAUUGUCAUUCACGAAACAAAUCUGCACAAUAGUAGUUGUGAGGGGUUUUUUUCUUCUUGGAAUCAUGUGAGAACAGCCUGCAGCAGCUUAUUUGAGCGUAAGAAUGUUAAUGAAGCAAAACAGGAGCUCACUGCUGUUUUUAGCUCUUCCUGUUCCAAUCAUUGGUGUAAUCAGUAGAUUAUGAAAAGCUUAAUGAUAAUGGGUUGAUUGAAUUCAGUCGUUAUAAAAUUGAACUAAAUAUUUUCAGAAAGGUGGGAAUUACCGGCUGCUGAAGUGUUGGACACUGAGUGGUGUAACUGUGGUUUUUGUUUGUUUUAUGGUUAGUGCUUGACUAUAUAUGUGAUCUACUACUGGAGAUAUAAGUUUCCACCACCACUUCAUGUGGAUUAGACUCAUUAAGUGCAUUGAAGUUGUUCGUCAGAUCCUACCACGCAUGGCUGUGAAUAUUUACCUUUUAACGAGAGAAACUCUGAUCUUGAAAUGUUUGACACAAAUCCAGCCCUGAUGGAACCAAAAGUAGUUUUCUAUUACCUUCAGCUGAAGUGGAUUAUACCCAUAACCUGAGCCUUAAAAUAAUCUUUUUAUACAUUAACCGGCUCUCUUAAAUUUAUGGCGUCUUUUAACUGUAUACAUUGAAUUACAAAUUGCAUUGAAUUGCAGUAUAUCUAAAUCAAACAUAAGUGCUACUGAUAUGGUGCGUGGCUGAGGGAAUGAAUGCUCUUCUGUAAGUGAAGAGGCCGAUAAAGACUACUUGUAUGAUCAUAAAUCUGUCUGGAUUUGUUUUAACAGCCUUCUGUCAGACAGAAAGUAAUUUUUAAAGCAGUCCCUUAAUGAAGGACAUCUCUGUACUUGUAUAAUUCUGGCAUCUGCUUUUAACCACCCAAAUGACCCAACUAUCAAUGUGAUUGAAGUUCAUUUGUUUAUGUGAGGAAAAGUUCAACAAAUAGACGUGGUGAUUUGAAUUCGCAUCUUAUCAGGGUCGAAUGCGUUCAUCCUGUUGCGGAUCUUAACUUGGUAUGCGGGCUCUUACCUUGCUAGGAACACGGAAACCCAAACAGUGAGAGACUUGGAUGUUAACUUAUUGUAGAAACAAACACGUUGAAUGAUUGUGCUGCUUAACUUGUUAACCAACUUCAGGGUUUGGGGGUUUGUUUGUUUUUUACUUGUACUAUUAUCAUAUGCAUGACCACUUUCAUAUUAUACUGCAACUACAAACGCAAGGAAAUGUUAUGUUAAAACCAGUUCUAAUUUUAUUCCUUAAGUUACUAGCUGCAAUUAGAUAGCUUUAAUGCCGGGGUGGAGUUUGAGGUGUGCGUUCUUCUGUAAAAAAAAAGAGGGAAUCUGUAUACAGUACAUAUACGCACAUAUGUAAGCAUAAAACAAUUUUGGCUUGAACUAUUUUAUGUCUAAUAAAAUUAAACAUUUAGGAUUUGACAAAAUCAAUGAACGCUAGAGAGAGGAUAACCCAAGGAUCCCGGCAUUUUGCUGUUAAAAUGACAGGCUGCGCUUCAUAUAAUUGCAUGAUAAUGCAGCUGCCACGAUAGGAAGAUUUGACAGCUUAUCACUACCUUGUUUUUACAAAAUCUAAAAUCAAUUUGUUAAAACAAUAAAUUUUAAUUUAUAUAUAUAUAUAUAUGUGGUACUGGGCUUCAGUAUAAGUUAAAUUCUGAUUAUUAGGUUUUCAUAUACUACCUCUUAGACUUUUUACUGUGUGUGUGGAUGUAUGUGGAGGAAGCGACUCCAGGUGGAUGAAUACAUGAAGGCUCAAUAUGUGUACAGUUUUUAACUACUUAAACCCAGAACUUGCAGUAAACUCUUUGCAUUUUAAUUGCAGGUUCUAAGAUUCCAUUGCAUGCCCUUUGUAUGCGAACAUUCUCCGUUCUUGAUUGGAGCUCACAUUCAUUGUUCAUCAAAGAAUCAGAAUUCUGUUAAUGCUACAGGCAGUGCAAAGAACGUAAAGAAUUCAAACCCACCCCCCCACCCCCAAUCCCUGGCAGUCUGAAAACAGAUUAGCCUUUUAAGUGCACCUUAUCUGAGGGCUCGGCCAGACAGCGCAGGAUAUCCAUGAUUAGAUCUUCCAAUGUUUUUAAUUUUUUUUAAAAGCCAAUACUGCAGAUUUCAGACCCCUGGUACAGGGGGUGAGGGUGAUUUGGAUCUGGGCUUGAGGCAAGAGACAUUACCCUGGUGCUGUUUCCUAGAUAGAAAUUAUCUGCAUAAGCCAGUGGUAGCGAACCUAUGGCACUGGCAGGGGCUGAUGGGAGUUGUAGUUCUUGAACAUCUGGAGUGCCAUAGGUUUGCCACCACUGGCAUAAGCAGCCCUUCUUAGUCCCAGUAGGGGCGAAAAAGAGAGAGGGAGACUUCUAACUGGGAAAAAUGUGGGGUGUGUCAAUGAAGCAAACUGACAAAAUAAGUGUUGCUGCCCUGAUCCAAAUAGUGGGCCCCCUACAACUGUUGUGAAAAUUAAAGCCCAUGGAAGAUCCCAGUUGUAGGAUUCCUGCAUCUAUGUUUAGUACAGGACACUUCCUUUGAAACUAUUUUGUAGUUCCAGAUGAAGUCAGGCUGAACUGUGAAAUCAUUUGUUCUUCCACAGCUAUGAUUAUUUAGGACAAUGUCAUCAUGAGCUGUCUGCAAUAUCUACUUUUGUAACUAUUAAUGUGUUUUCUAAUUAACCUUUAUGCAACAUGAUUUUAACAUGAACAUGUUUAAUAAGUGGAAUGUCAGUAUUUUUCUUAUCACUUUAAUGUAUGGUGUACAUUGGUACCACUAAAUGAACUUUGAUUUUGCAAAAAUCAUAUUGGCACUAGCUGUAUGUUAGUCAUAUUUUUACAAGACACAAUAAAAAACCAGAGUAUUGCUA